GACUAAAUUUACAGAACAUAUUUUGCAAAUCAGUAUCUGCUAAGAAGCCUUAGCUACGGAAAGAACCGCAACCCACUAUUCUAGGAGCGAUUACCGCUGCCUGCCUGCACUGCAUACGACUUAUGCUUCUGAUUUACUUCUGCAAAAAUGGCGGAAGGAGGUAUCAGUCGUACAGUGUCAGAUUCUGAGAGCAACCUCACUCACAGCAGCAUGAACAGUCGUCACUCUCAGGCAAGUCAGCAGCCGAUGUUUGUAUGAGAUAAAGCCGAUUGUAACAUACGUGAGGGGGGGGGGGGAUUUUGCGACGUACAACUAAGCAAUGCAUAAUACGCCAUUUUGCCCUACAAAAAUAAUGUUCCAUGAUCUGUGUAGAUCACAUUCAAGAUUUUAACAUUCCACCAAGUUAACUGUUUGGAAUAAAAAUGUUAAAACGUUGCCAAUUUAGAAAAUAUUACAUGAUUGUAUUUGUUUUAUUCGACGAACUCCUAAGGCGAGUGGAACACGAAGUAACACAAUCAACAUGUGUGAUUCAACACACCGGAACACCCAGUAUUCAUUAUGUCGAAAGUGUUUCCCUGGAGAUCUGUAACAUCAUGACUCGGCUCGGAUACGGCGAGGAAAUAAGACGGUGGAGGAUUGAGAAGUACUGCGAGAAUGAUAGACAUCUAAAUGCACGACCACGUAUAAUAAAACUACAGACAGCUGGAAGCAAGGCAGAGGGCCUUACCUGCCUUUUCGAAAGUGACAGGGACUUUUUAUACACGCUGAAAGGUGUCAUAUGUGUAGAAACUGGUAUCAAUCUUAACACUAUACCAGACGACAUAAGUGUGUUUGGGAUAGACGAUACAGGUGUUUAUCCAGGACACUGUAAACUGUUACUAAAAAGGCCAGCAGCGCGUCUUCAUAAUACCAUUAUAAAAGCUGCUCUGUGUAAAAUUGGUUAUGGGGAAUUUCUAUUAAGUAGUGUUUUAUUUAUAGAUGAAUGCUCGAGAAUGUUGAGACUUACAAUUCAACAUAGUCUUGGACCGGUGGAAAGUGUGCUCCAUGAACGCGCGGGGCCGGCAUUACCGCAAACCGUGGGAGGAAUAUUAAAGGUGGACAAGGUAUAUUCAAUACGCUGUCAGUGCCCCAGCAUCCUACACAGAUGGGCUGUCAGACCCCGUCAUUGGCCACAAUCAGUUGUUGUUCAGAAAGUCGUAUCGUUAGGAGCCUAUGUAACCCCGACGGGAUUUAAGGAAAGUAAAAACAAGCACAUCGAAUGGAGGAUUUGUUUUAACUUCGGUGAGACAGAACUUAUGAACAACCUUAAUGACACACAAGCGAAAGUGUAUGUUCUGCUUAAAUGGAUCCUUAAAGACAUAAUUAAACCAACUAAUAAAGAAAUAACAUCGUACGUGGUGAAAAACAUCAUUUUAUGGCAAGCUGAAAACAUCCCACAGACAGAGUUUAAUUCACGUAGCUUACUGCACUGGCUUCAUGACGGACUGAGAGAGCUUAGGUCUGCUAUUGAGAAAAAACUACUUAAAUACUACAUGAUUCCAGAGAGAAAUUUAAUGGAAGCCUGUGGUUUGGAGGAUGCACUGAAGCGUAAAUGGAUAAAAGAUAUCACGGAAAUGAUUGAGAUGGGUCCCAAUGUAAUACUGAGAUUGGAGAAGAUACGAAGGGCCAUUAUCGCGUCCCCAGAGCCGAUGCUGUGGUUCAGCAAAACAAGGAUAGAGCUGGAGAUGCUGUAUCUGGAGUACUUUAACAGAGCUUUGAAAUGUAAAAGAGAAAACGGUGAGCAGGAUGUCCCGGAUUUCAUGUUGUAUGCGAUACGGAAACGCCAGGAAGAGAUAGAGUUAGAGGUGGGAAGACGUAUGCGUAUGGAGGGCUGUUCUAUAAAUGAAAUCCACAAAAUCAUCUAUAGAAUGUUGAUAUAGUAACGAAAUACAAAUACUUACAUAUCACGUGAAUCAUGGCUAUACUUAUAGUCACAUAUUCGUUUCAAAACAUGCAUACAGCCAUAAAUUGGCUUAUUGAUGGUAUAUACGGUAUUAAAUUAUGAACAUUA